CUGUGACUUCAUCGAUUUGUUGGCCACGGGAUUUUCAAGAGCAACAUCAGACCAACAUACACACACACACUCAUGCACGCCCGUAGAUAACCGUAACCGGCACCACAGAUCCCAUGACACCGGCUGGUUGGUCGCCAAUCCCUCCUCCCUUCCCAACAGAUGGCCACACAUAAAGGUGCUCCAAACGGUUGGGGAUGCUAGUGUUCGUGGCGCCGCCACUCCAGCGAGAGUUCGCUUGAUGGAGCUGAUCAAACAAUCCAACAAUCACGUUCGCGCCAUUACCGCCUAGAGACACCGAAAACACGGGCGCUGUGCUGUCCGUCGUCGUUGUGACCCGCGAGUGACCGUGAGGAGUGCGUGCGUGCGUGCGUGCGUCCGUGCGUCCGGGGAGAUGUUUUUGUUCUGGGCGUUGCCGGUGCUGUUGUAUCUGGUGUACCGAUGGAGCAUAGCGACGUACGAUUACUUCGAGAAGCGCGGCAUCCCGUAUAUCAAACCGGUACCAUUCUUUGGUCAGGUGUUGGCCUUUUUCACGCAGGAAAAACAUGCCGUCGAUGUGGCCUCGGAGGGAUACAAGAUGUUCCCGGAUACGCGCAUCUCGGGCGUGUUUACGUUACGCACACCCGCCUAUCUGGUGCACGAUCCGCUUCUCUACAAACAGAUGGCGAUCCGGGACUUUGACCAUUUCACCGAUCAUGUGUCGCAGCUGAGCUACGAAACGGAUCCCCUGCUGGCCCGUUCGCUGUUCUUCGUUAACGGUGCCCGGUGGCGUCACAAUCGGGCUGGCCUCAGUCCAGCCUUUACGGCCAGCAAGAUGCGCAACAUGUUCGUGCUGAUAUCGAAGAGUGCGGGUGAUGCAAUGGAGCGGCUGGUGGCGUACUCCAACGGAGAACCAUUCGCGAUGGAACUACGGGAUCUGUACUCGCGGCUCGGUAACGAUGCGAUGACCUCGAUCUCGUUCGGUGUGGAGGUCGACUCGCUUACCGAUCGUGACAAUGAGUUCUUCCACAAGGGUAAGCGGUUGGCCCAGAUUGAUGGUUGGCCGGGAGUGAAGCUACUGAUGACGACGCUGCUGCCCGGAUUGUACCGACUUCUGAAGCUGGGCAUCCUGUACAAGGAUGUGAACGAGUUUUAUCUCGAAGCGGUUUCGACCAACAUCCGGCAUCGGUUGCAGAACCUUCUGAAGCGUCCUGACUUUAUCCAUCUGUUGCUGCAGGCCCGGGAGGACGAGUUGUGUUGUGAGCAGCAGGAGGAUGCGUCGCUGGAGAGUGCCGGCUUCUCGAUGGCCACAACGCACGCCGUUGAUGGUGAUGGAGAGCGGCUCGAGUGGCAGGAUAUUGACAUAACGGCGGCAGCAGCUUCCUUCUUUUUCGGUGGCAUCGAGACGACCGCGACGUUGCUGUGCUUCAUGAGCUACGAGCUGGCGGUGAAUCCUGCGAUCCAGAAUCGUUUACGAUCGGAGAUCGACUCCGUUCGGGGUGAGCUGGUCGAUGGUGUGACGCCAACGUACGAGGUGUUGCAGAAGAUGAAGUACCUCGAUAUGGUCGUAUCGGAGACGCUGCGCCGCUGGACACCGUUCGGUAUAACGAAUCGACGAUGCACCAAGGAUUACACCUUCACGAACAGUGACGGAAAUGUGAUUACGAUCGAGAAGGGCAUGAACAUCUCGAUCCCGUUGAAAUCAUUCCAUCUCGAUGAAAGGUACUUCCCCGAUCCGCUGCGCUUCGAUCCGGAACGGUUUGCAGAUCCAAGCCGAAUCAAUCAGGAUGCGUACGUUCCGUUCGGGACCGGAUAUCGGAAUUGCAUCGGCUCUCGGCUUGGGCUGAUGCAGGCCAAGUGCAUCAUAUUCUACAUGCUGUCGAACUUCAACAUCGAACCCGGUAUCAAGCUGACCAUACCGCUCGUACUAGACGAAACGUCAGCCGGACUGAACGCGAAGCAUGGCUUCUGGAUGAGUUUGAUACCGCGCACCGCUUGAU